GGGAUAGCGUUCCUUUCGGCUUUCUCUAAUAGAGAAGGCUAUGGUCUGUGGCAAUAGUUUACUGUCUUCUUCUUUGAAAUGGAACGCGGUAUCAUAGACUAGAGUUUCGCUUCUUAUACAGCUAAGCAUAGCUCAGUUUAAACUAAAGAAGGGAUCUACUUACAAAUACGCUACAAAAGGACGCCGGAAUCGUUGUCAUGAAAUUUCUCAAAAGUAAUUCGUCGAGUGAACAGCAACCGCAAGAGCAGCACUGGAUGCACCACUCAAAUUUGGCAAGGAAAUGGCGUUCAUUAUCGGCCAGGAUUCGCCGACGAGUCGUUCUCUUCAUUGCUUUUGUGGUGUUCAUUCUUUUGUUGGGCUAUAAUCUCGUCACAUCUGAUAUUUAUCUUCAUCAGUUGAGUCCACGGGUAAGCGUACACAGGAGUGACCGAUCCCGAUGCUGCUUGACCAGUACCAGCAGCUCCGACAUGUGUGGACGACAAAAUUGUGUUUCGCCGUGUCUGUCUCCACCUGUUGAGGAGUACCAACACAUCAACGCCAUGCAAGAUAACGCCUUCUUUCAUGAAACUUCCGGUGCUUCGUCUCUCAACUUCCGCCAAGCUUGUGUCGUCGAAUCAUUAGCUUACCGUAACCCAAAUCUAACCGUUCACCUCCUUAUGACUGCCCGCCAUUUGGAUCUCAACGCGGUGACGAUGAAAACACUACGUCAAAAUUAUCCCAACCUACGUUUGACAAGUAUAAAUUUAGGUGAUUAUGUAGCGGGGACUCUGCUUGAGCGCUGGUAUUUUUGUACUGAAUGGUACCGCGGUUGGUUCGCUAUAUCCCACCUCAGUGAUGCUCUUCGAUUUUUGACUCUAUCCAAAUAUGGGGGUUACUACUUUGAUCUUGACAUCAUUCAUCUACGACCCGUGAGAGCAUAUCGAAACUUCAUCGUGCCAGAAGACAUGACGAAACUCGGAUCCAGUGUUAUCCACGUGGACUAUCAGCACCCAGUCAUACGGAUGGCGGUAGAAGAAUUUGCAGCCGAUUACAGGUGGUACAGUUGGGCACAUAAUGGACCAGAACUAAUAACGCGCGUACUGCAAAACUGGUGCAACGUUUACUACAUCGGAUGGAUGACGCCUGAACGAUGUAAAGGGUUUCACGUUUUGUCUCCCACAUCUUUUUACCCACUUCACUAUACAAAAUUUAAAGAAUACUUUACGAAUCGAGAUAAUAACAACAAGGCUGAAGUGAAAAGCUACAAAUGGGAUGAAUUUGUUCUUGGAGCUCACGUUUGGAAUAGUUUGAGCGGUGGAUGGACUGUUCACAAGAAUUCCAAUCAGUUAUACGUUGAAAUCGCCCGCUCCUCCUGUCCACGUAUAUUUGAUGUUGCCCCAGAAGAGUUUUAACAUUUGUAUAUAGUCGCCUUGAAAUCUGUACCAAAAUUAUUUUGGCAUCAAUCAUCAACUGAUUCGUACAUGCUCAAAUAUAAAUAACUUAACUAAGUA